AUGGAUGAUUCUUCCAGUCUACAUGAGUCUCGUGGAUGGAUUGGGCUACUCAGUUGCUCAACUGGAUCAACCCUGAAGUUCCUAGGUAUCUUGCUCUACUCAACGAGGCACGAUCAGGACUUCAGUGCAAAACUUACUCGGGCUAGGGCUUACACCUUUGGAGCUUACUAUCAUACGGUCGUUGUCGGUUCAAGAGCUGCUGCAAGGUCAGUCCUUACGACAGUGACAAUUACUGGAUUCGAAGAAGGUCAAAAGUUACGAGACUGGCGCUUGGGCUACCGGCAGUUUGUCGUCAACGAAUCCAGCGCUCUCAAUAAUGCCGGUUACCAAGUUAGGAGUGGUACCGCAUGGGACAUUGCGGACUGGAGAAGUUCAGAGUCUCGGUACAACCCGAUCUGGGAUCCUGGAGCAAUGAUUCUUACAAUAGAAGGGGAAGCAAGAUUCCGGGACAUCAUUGAGUUCUGCUUCGAACCAUUGUCGGGUAGGCGAGGUACCACUUUCACCGUCUUCAUGCGUACUAUCAACAGUAGAGUCAUAGUUCGGGAGGGGGACGUUUUUUCUGAUGAGGACAGGCGUGAUUUUUAUGUUGAUCUCGAACACGAGUAUCCUCAGAAUGACCUGGGUAACGUUAUUAUCCAUGACAGUGAAGGAAGUUCGUUUCAUGUCAGCGUUGAGAUUCGUGCGACGAGAGUAUAUAACCACCGCCUGUUUGAGGUCAAUGUUGAUGCCCUUCAAGUUAUGACUGGUGAUAGUUAA